AUGGACGUGGGGAAAGACGGGGAUUAUGAGUCGUCCAUCCUGCUUCCAGGACUGCACUCCCUUAGCCCCAAGUUGACCAGCCCCUUUGUCGCAGCUACUCCAAGGCUGUGCGGCCUGUGUCCCCCACGAGGGGUGAGCAGGGUCCUGCCCCAGAAACCCCCUGGUAAUGGGCUCUUCCUCAUCUUCUGCAGGGAGAAGAAGUGGGUGACUGUGGGUGACACGUCCCUGCGAAUCUACAAGUGGGUCCCUGUGACAGAGCCAAAGGUGGAUGAUAAGAACAAGAACAAGAAAAAGGGCAAAGAUGAGAAGUGUGGCUCAGAGGUGACCACUCCGGAGAACAGCUCCUCCCCAGGGAUGAUGGACAUGCACGAUGAUAACAGCAACCAGAGCUCCAUAGCAGAUGCCUCCCCCAUCAAACAGGAGAACAGCAGUAACUCAAGCCCUGCUCCCGAGCCCACCUCGGCUGUGCCCGGCGAAGGCGCUGACACCAAGGCAGAUGAGACCCAGGCAGAUGGGAAGGAGCUCCCUGGGGCCGAAGAUGCUUCCGACGAGCAGAAUUCACAGUCCUCAAUGGAAAACUCGAUGAACAGUUCAGAGAAAGUAGAACGGCAGCCAUCUGGAGACGCGGGUCUAGCUGCAGAGGCGUCCGCAAUCUCUCAGGUACCUCGAUCGAGGCCUCAGAGGGGCAGCCAGAUCGGCCGGGAGCCCGUUGGGGUGUCGGGGGAUUUGGAAGGAGUCCCACCCUCUAAGAAGCUGAAACUGGAGGCCUCGCAACAGAACUCUGAAGAGAUGUAGACACUACGUUCAGUCCUGCUGUCCACGUUCCACGGGAGAGCCAUCUGCAGGCUGAAUUCUAGAACAACUUCCCCCGAGCGAUUCCUCUCGGGUGCAGACAGAACUACUAACUUUCCAAGUUUACCAAGUGCAAAUCCAAGAAAACCCAGAACAGCGUAACUUCUCAGACACUGAAGAACUUUCUGCUGUGAAGCAAAACACUUGAGUCUCGAAGGGACCGUCCUUGGGAAGGCGGAGUCGACAGCACUCAGGAGUGUCUGCACACUGUCUCUGAAGCCAAGAUCACAUUUGUGUUGCUGCUGUAUUGUUUCGUUCCCCUCUCCGCCACCCCCCACUUCUCUAUUUAACGAUAUAAGCUAUA